AUGUUUUUAACCAUUCGAUCUGGCGGCCAAACAGGUGUUGAUAGGGCGACAUUAGAUGCUGCUUUGGAUUACAAUAAUACUAUCACAAAAGAUAAUGUAAAAAAGUCCUUCUUUAUUCAUGUCACCGGUUGGUGUCCGAAGGGACGGCUUGCGGAAGACGGUUCAAUUUCAUUACGAUACCCACUCAUUGAAACACCCACCUCAUUAUAUUCUGAAAGAACAGAAUGGAACAUCCGGGAUGCAGAUGCCACUAUGGUUCUGCUUUUGUCCACCACGACGCCACCUGAUCAUGGAACAAACUUUACAAUUGAAAAGGCUAAUCAACUUCAAAAACCAUCAAAAAUUAUUUUUCUUGAUGAUAAUAUCAUAACAAACAUUAAUGAGGUUCUUUAUUGGAUAAAUGUCAAUAAAAUCAAGACGCUAAACGUGGCUGGUUCAAGAGAAAGUAAUUGUUCCGGAAUUUACAUCAAAGCAUAUGAAUUCGUUAGUACCUUGUUGGAGAAAAGAAGGACAGAAGAAUAA